AUGCCGCCGUCUGUCCAGAGCCAAUUUACAGUUUGCCAUUGAACUUGGUCGGGGCGCUUGCCAAAUCAGUUGCCGUUGCCGUGAAUUCGUACCUGUGAGUCCGGUGUUUCCUGCUCCCGGUGUUAUAUUUGAUCCAUAAUGUUGCUGCUCCAGUUGAGCUGCGUGGCUUUGCUCGUCUGCCUGGCCUGCGGUGCCUCCAACUUCCCUCCCGAGUUGCCUCGCUGCAAGAUUGGUGACACCGCCUGCAUCAUCAAUGUGUCCCACACGCUGGUGCGUCAGUAUGCCAGGACCGGCUAUCCGGCUGCAGGUUUCCCCCAGGUAGAGCCUUUCCUGGUCAAGCGCUUCGACAUCUCCGAUGGACGCUCUGGAUCGCUGAAUCUCAAGUUGAACUUCAAGGAUGUGAAUGUGGAGGGUCUGUCGGGUGUAAAGUUCGAUAGAGCAGUUGGCUUUGGCCCCGAUCCUGCCACCAGCAAGUUUGAGAUGUACGGCUCCUUUCCCAAGAUCGUUCUGCGCGGCAAAUACGUGGCUGACGGUCGCAUCCUGAUCCUGCCCAUUCGCGGCGAUGGCGAUGCUGAGAUUAUCCUGCACAACCCCAAGUUCUCGGUGAAGUUCAAGCCCGGAACCCAGCAGCGCAAUGGACGCACUUUCCUGAGUGUGGACAAGCUUAAGGUGCUGGUGGAGCCACAAAAGAUGAACAUUCGCCUGGCGAAUCUUUUCAAUGGAGAUCAGGCUCUGGGUGCCAAUCUUAACCAGUUCCUCAACGACAACUGGGUGGAGGUUUGGAGCGAGCUGCAUCCCUCGAUCCAUGUGGCCAUCGCGGAGAUCAUGAAGACCAUCCUGUCGCAGCUGUUCAAGCGGUUCGCCUACGAGGACCUCUUCCUGGAGAACUCUGAAGAUCCUGUGCCCUGCAAGUUUGGCGAUGGCAAAUGCAUAGCAAAAUUCGUCAAUUCCCUGUUCAGCAGAAGGUCGGGGGAGGCGGAUCCGAGCUUGAAUUUGAGACGGUUGGAUCCUUUGAAAGUGCACAGGAUAGUUAUUGAGCAGCCAAGCGACAGUGGUGUUGGCCUAACACUAAAUUUCACUGAUAAUUUGAUGUACGGAAUCAAGGACCUACGAGUCGUAGGUGUUAAAGGAUUUGGUAAAAAUCUCAGUGAGCCACAUUCACUAAAGAUGGUCGGGAAGACCCUUUCCCUCGUGGGUCCCUACAAGAUCAAUGGCAAAGUGCUUAUACUUCCCAUUAGUGGAUCUGGCAACAGUAACAUUACGAUGAGUAACACCAAGUCGGUCGUCAGGUUGUCUGGCCAGCCACUCGAAAAGGAUGGGGAGACGUAUUUGGACGUCACCGAUUUGAAGUUGAAUAUGAAGGCGGAAUCCAUUUCCUUCCAAUUCGCAAAUCUCUUUAACGGGGACAAGGCCUUGGGUGACAACAUGAACGCCUUCCUGAACGAGAACUCGCAGGCCAUUUACCAGGAGACGCGAGCGGCCUUGGAACGGGCUUUUCGCGGAUUGUUUUUUGGCCUAAUAAAAGGUUUUCGCAAAGUUUUAAGCCGUGUUAACAUGCCCGGAAUUGCAGUUUCAAUCCUUUUCUGCCUUAUCGUUUCUACGCAGGCUCUCUUUCCUGAUGAUCCUGUGCCCUGCAAGUAUGGCGAUGGCAAGUGCAUAGCUAACUUCGCCAAUACCUUGUUCAGCAAGAGGUCGGGGAAGGAGGAUCCCAGCUUGAAUUUGUGGCAGUUGGAUCCUUUGAAGGUGGACAAGAUGGUCAUUAACCAAGCGGGCAAUAGUGCUGUCGGGAUAAAGUUAACUUUCACGGACAAUAUGUUGUAUGGAAUCAAGGACCAAAGAGUCGUAGGCGUGAAAGGAUUUGGCAAAAAUCUCACAGAGCAACAUGAACUAAGGGUCCUCGCAAAGUCAUACUCCCUCGUGGGUCCCUACAACAUCCAGGGCAAGGUGCUUAUACUGCCUAUUAGUGGAACCGGCGUCAGUAACAUGUCAAUGAGUAAUAUUAAGAUGAUCAUUCGAUUUUCGGGUCAGCCACUCGAAAAGGAUGGGGAGACGUACUUGGACGUCACCAAUUUCAAGUUGACUUUGAAGCCGGCAUCCAAUUCCUACCUAUUUACUAACCUUUUUAACGGAGACAAAGCUUUGGGCGACAACAUGAACGCCUUUCUGAACGAGAACUCGGAUGCAAUUUAUCAGGAAACAAGCCAGUCCACAGAUCGGGCCUUCAGCGAUUUGUUCCUUGGCCUGGUCAAAGGCGUCUUUGCUCAUCGGCCGUAUGCCAAAUUAUUUAUGGAGGAAAAGUUAUAGAUAUCUAUAUAUAGUUAGUAGUAGCCGACAAUUAUCAUUAGGUUUAAUGAGAUCCAUUAACACAAUCCAUUAAAUUUGUGGAAUUAUCGUAGCCAUAACAAACUACACGAAAAAUCAUAACCCAACCAUAUAAUCCAUUAUCUAGAUCAUUAACUUAAUUGAAGUGACAAUAAACUUAACGAACUUUAACGCAAAGAAACAAAAAAUUGCAUAGAACAAAGUUGAACUUCUAGAAUUUAAAAUGUAAUUAGAUCU